AGCCAAGGGACCAGGGCUUGAAACAGGGGCAUGGCAUACUUUAUGGCCCGAAGUAGGGCUUACACAGGAACGGGAGUGCGCGGUGCGCAUCGGUGUGCGCUGAGUCAGGCUGAGCUCUGCACGGCUCUGCCGCGGGAAACGCAGCUGACGACAGCUGUUGAGCACGGUUGAGCCCUGUUGAGCCCUCUGUUAUUGCGUUUGUUCCCCUGCGCUCUGCGCGCGCGUACCCUGCCCCCUUCAACUUCUCUUUGCCACUACACCUUAUAGAAACUUUGCCGUUCUCCGGCCCCCCGCCGUAAGUCACCUCACCAACCUGCCUUCACAUUGUCCCAUCGCACACCCCGCCGCAAGUCACGUAGGAGGCACCCGACCGAAGGAGCUACCCGCCUGCGCCUUUGCUUAAAAUCACCUUUAAUGGUACCUCUGGCCCUGAACACCGGACUCUUAUCGGAGCCGACGCUAAGCGCGUACCGUCGAUCGUCCUUCACACAUCAGCAUAGUCACACGUCGAACGCACAUAAUACCCAUUUAGUAUCCUAAAAUAUAUCACUUGCUGCUCACAAAUAAGCGACGCCGGGACGGUUGAAAUUUGUGUUCUUUGACUUUCGCCGCGAGCCGUUCUUCCUGAUUCGGGAUGUCUGAGACUUUUGGAGCAUGCAAUCAGUGCCUUAUGGGCCUGAUUGGUGCAGCGGAGUUCGCCAUAACCGUGGCUCUCUUCGCACUGAGCAGAGACAAGCUGGAGAACAAGGCGGUUCUCGUGAACGCUGUCGACAUGCCCGUCGACACGCCGGGCCCCGCCACAAAAUACGUCGACUAUGAGUGCCUGUGGCAUCCAGACCCCUCUCAGAACACUGCAUGCUACCGCACUAUGGUGGCGUUUGCCUUCACUAUUGGCGGGUCGGGCGGCAUGGCCAUUGUGCUGAGCUGCCUCCUGAUCUGUCUGGCUGGGGCGCAAGCCGUGCAGAUCAAGACGAUCGCGGACAUGUACCGAGUUAUUGGGGCGCCGGCUGUCGUCCUCAACUUCCUGGCGUGGAGCGUGCAGGCGGUGAGCCGGCACCCGUGAGGACAUGCGUGGUCUGGCCUGGGCCAAUGUGUGUCUAUUCGCUGCCUCCGUCACCAUGGG